AUGUCAUCACCGCCGUUACCACCAUCAUCACCAUCUACUUCAGACAAUAUGAUAUCCUCUCAACAGCAACAACAGCAACAACAGAAAAAACAGCGUACAUUACAUAGCUCUAUCGAGAAACGUAGGAGAGAACGGAUCAAUGACAAGAUACAACAGCUUAAAGAGAUGGUCCCGGCAUGUAAUCCUUAUUCAGAAAAGAAUCCCAUCGCUGGACCCUCACUUUAUCAACCUCUUCAUAAAUUGACCAUCUUGCAAGCUGCCAUUGAAUACAUCGAAGAAAUGCAUCAAAAGUUACUCGACGCUGCUGCUGCUGCUUCAUCAUCAUCGCCCGACUCAGCAGCAGCAACGCCGUCCCAUCAUCAUCAUCACCAUCACCAUCUCCUUGACGACCCAAAGAUAAUUCAAGUGAUUGAACAUGCUCAGCAAUGUGCCAAUGGUAGUGCUUCUUCUGGUUCUUAUCGUAAAAUCCUGGAAUAA